GCACGUGGUCGGGGCGCGGUGACGGAGGCUGUCCCGUGAGCAGCAGAGGCGAGGCACGAGGAUGCUGAGUCCUGCUCCCAGCGGGGACCUACAGAGAGCACGGAGCACGUGGAUCCUCUUCAUAACCCAUCCUCCUGGGAGCAGCUCCCGUGAUGUGCUGUAGCUCUGUUUGUUUGCAGUUACUGGGGUUAAUGUUGCCCCAAAAAUAAUCAGGCUGGAUCACGGUGUUCCUGCUGCGCGGGGCUCUUACCCCGGGUGACUGCUUGUGCUGCCUCUCUCUGCUCUGGCGGAGGUGUAAAUCUCCUGCCUGAGCUGCUACAAAUCCACUGCCCAAGUACAACUUCCCCAGACAUGUUUCCCUCGCUGUGGAGUGGUUGGCAGAGGUGUGCUUCCUAUUCUCAGGAUGCGUCAGGAUGAAACGCCACAGGCAUCUGAGCACCAGUGACAGUUCAGACAAUGAGAGUCCUUCCACUUCCUUCUCGUCUUGUUCUAAAUACAGGAGCAAGUCAAAAACACCAGCAAAUGAACAAAAGAAACCUGCUGAGGUGUUCCGCAAGGAUCUCAUUAGUGCCAUGAAACUACCGGAUUCUCACCAUGUUAACCCCGAUGAAUAUUACGUCUUUGCGGACACGUGGAAACAGGAAUGGGAGAAAGGAGUCCAAGUUCCAGCCAGUCCAGAAACAAUUCCACAGCCUUCUCUCAGGGUUGUAGCAGAAAAAGUAAAAGAAGUACUGUAUACACGACCCAGGAAGUACAUCCACUGCUCCAGCCAGGAGCCCACAGAGCCAGGUUACAUCAACAUUUUGGAAUUGGCAGAAUCGGUGUGUCGCUAUGACUUGGAUGAUAUGGACAUCUUUUGGCUCCAGGAGCUAAACGAAGAGCUUACUGAAAUGGGGUGCGGGCCCCUGGAUGAAAACACGAUGGAAAAGACGAUUGAAGUGCUGGAGCGGCACUGCCACGAGAACAUGAAUCAUGCGAUUGAGACUGAAGAAGGGCUGGGCAUAGAGUACGAUGAAGAUGUCAUCUGUGAUGUGUGCCGGUCCCCUGACAGCGAAGAUGGGAAUGAUAUGGUGUUUUGUGACAAGUGUAACAUCUGCGUCCAUCAGGCGUGCUACGGAAUCCUAAAAGUCCCUGAAGGGAGCUGGCUGUGCCGCACCUGCGUGCUGGGGAUACACCCCCAGUGCCUCCUGUGUCCCAAACGAGGAGGUGCCAUGAAAGCCACCAGGACAGGGACCAAGUGGGCGCACGUGAGCUGUGCCCUCUGGAUUCCAGAGGUCAGUAUUGCUUGCCCAGAAAGGAUGGAGCCGAUCACAAAGGUGUCUCACAUUCCACCAAGUCGAUGGGCUUUAGUGUGUAGUUUAUGCAAACUGAAAACUGGUGCUUGCAUUCAGUGCUCCGUGAAAAGCUGCAUCACUGCCUUUCAUGUCACCUGUGCCUUCGAGCAUAGCUUAGAGAUGAAGACUAUCCUGGAUGACGGGGAUGAGGUCAAGUUCAAGUCGUAUUGUCUGAAGCACAGCAAGAACAAACAGAACUCGCUGCCUGAUGUUGAUGAGCAUCCCAAAAGUAUGUCGGACCAGAAGCAAACGGAGAGCGAGAAAACCAGUUUACGAGCCCAGAAGCUCCGAGAGCUGGAAGAAGAGUUUUACUCACUCGUUAAAGUGGAGGACGUUGCAGCAGAACUGGGUCUUCCUAAACUUGCUGUAGACUUCAUCUACAAUUACUGGAAAUUAAAGCGAAAAAGUAACUUUAACAAACCAUUGUUUCCUCCCAAGGAGGAUGAAGAAAAUGGCUUAGUGCAGCCAAAAGAAGAUAGCAUUCAUACUCGCAUGAGGAUGUUCAUGCAUUUGAGGCAGGACCUAGAGAGGGUAAGAAAUCUCUGCUACAUGGUAAGCAGGAGAGAGAAACUGAAGUUGUCGCACAGUAAAGUACACGAGCAGGUCUUCAAUUUGCAAGUCCAGCUCAUUAAUCAGGAAAUUGCUGCAGGCCAUACCCUGACAAGUGCACUAGAGAACACGCUGUUCUACCCACCUCCCAGGAUCACCCUGAAGUUAAAAAUGCCCAAAUCAGCACUAGGAGAUUGCAAAAACAACUCCCUGAAGCCUGGCAACAGGCCGCUGUCUCCUGACAACAACAGCACUGCGUACGGCAAGAGGAGCGUGCCGGCGCCGAAAGAACCUUAUGAAAUCAAAGCGAAAUCGUACCCCAGGUAUCAGCACGAGGGCAGAAGCAACGGCUUGCUUGUCCCGGGGGGGAUCGGCAAGCCCCGCGGCGAGGCGAAGGAUUCGGGCCCCGUGCAGGUGCCGGAGUUUCACCGGGGCCAGCCAUCCGGGAAGCCCCUUGCGCUGCAGGCGGCCCUACACGGGCAGGCAGCCAUGGGGAACGGGCGGGCGCAGCAGGACGGCUCGCGGCUGGCGGCCAAGUCCAACGGGCUGCUGCUGGGCAGGGCCGGUGACGUGAGCCAGAGGGACAGCUCCAGCCAGACGCCCUACGAGCAGGACUCCGUGCUCGCGGCUCACCUGGCCGGCCAGAGCGGCUUCAGGAAAUCCACCAUGGAACAUUUUAGCCGCUCCUUCAAAGAGGCCACCAACAGCCUGGUGAGGACCACGGAAGAUCUGCGGUGCUGUGAGAAGCCGACGAGAAGGCUCGCCGCGAAAGACCGCUUGUGGAGCAAGCAGGCGCUCGAAGGUGCUCCCUACCAGGACAACGACGGGUACUGCCCCGACCUGGAGCUGAGUGACUCUGAAGCGGAAAGUGAUGAAAAUAAAGAGCAAGUGAGGUUACGACGGAGUAGCUCGGAGAGAGAGAGCCCAAGCAAGGACUUCGGAAGAGAUUGUCACAAUAGAAACAAAAAGAACAUGAUUUCUCACGGUUCGGUACAAAGGUGAUUAGAAGCCCCCACGGGGUAACUCAGCCUUCGUGUAUCCCGGUGUACCAGUGCAGAGCUCAGCAUCACCAGGUUCCAGAAACCAGUACAGGACCUGCGACGGGAAGAACUGCAGGAGGGGACGGGGGAGGGCAGAGAAAUGGGAGUCGUUUUGUUCAACUGUGAAUCGGCUUGCAGCCUUCGCAAGGCUACCCGAGUUAUGGCGGAGUCGUGGAGAAACGGAUGGGGUUGGUCUCAGAGGUCAACAUCUGGGGAAGCACGGGGCGGCUGGGCCUUGCGUGAGCUCAGGAAACUGCUUCCUCCUUGCCAGCUCACCUGCAAGGCAGGGUGCUCACGCUGUGCCAGCCGUGCUGGGCAGGUAGAGAAGGAAGGAGUCCUUGCGUUGCAAGGGGCUGCAGGGGAGACGCUGAAACUGCGUCCUUGCAGCGCCUGCUGCUGAUCCAGCACGGCACUUGGGGGCCUGCGGGAGAGCUGAGCGCCUGGAAAAACCCUCCUGCUUUCCCUCGGGUGGCCCGGCCCCUGCCCAGGUGCUCUGCUGGAUCAGGCCCAAAGCGGCUGCUGAGCGCCGUCCCCGUCUGCAGGGGGGCUCAGUGGUGGUCGCGGGCUCCUUGCAGAGGGUGGAAGCCGCUGCCAAACUCACUGACCUCUAGACGUGCCCCCGCUCCCUGCUCUUGCUGAAGGUCGUGUUUCUCCUCGCAAUUAUUUGCUUAUUUUGUAAAUAUACAACUUCUAGUACUUGUUUUUUUUUUUUUUUAAUCUCUGUACAUAGCUGCUUGUUGUGGGAUGCACUUGUAAAUAUUUUACCCAGCUAACAAGUACAGAUGGCUAAUUUUGUGGAUAGUGUUUACAAGAGUAGAUGUACUACUUCAAAGAAAAAUGCUAUUUGACACUUCAAUGUAGGCAAUCACCGGUGAUGCCAGGUUCCUCCUCAAACUGAAAUUUCACAUCCGGAGGUGUUUGUACCUGGUGUUUUUAAAAGAAGAUGAAUUAGAAAUAAUUUUGCCUGAACUUUUUAUUUAGGCACGAAUUUUCAAUCCUAGCUGCCUCAAUGUGGGCUUGGGAGCCCCACUUCUGGCACCUAGGCCUGUGAAAUUUUAGCCAGUCAUCACCUGGAGUAUGUUUUUUAUUGCUGAAAACUUAUGGUUACGUUAAGCUGCUUUUCAACCUCUGGAUCAGUUGCUGUUUCCCAAACUAAAACUUUUUUUUUUUUUUUUUAACGUGCUUUAAAAUCAGUCGUUUACUUGUGUUUUUAAACCUCAACCUCUGUUAAGGAAGCCAGAAGGGAGGGGAAGCCCUUUUCGGCUUGUUUAUUUUGUCUGGGAUUUCUGUUUGAAUGCGGACAAGUUUCUUGUGUUGUGGUGAUCAAGCAAGUAGCAGCCCUGUUCUUUGAAACGCUGUGUGUUUCAUAAACCCACAGCAUCCCCUGUCCCCACGUCACGCUGCGUGCCUCUGUUGGGAUCGGGGCUCAUUUUCUCUACAAAUGAAAGGUUCACCUGUGGCGAUGGCUAUGCAGACGCCAACCAGCAUGUUUCUUCUCCAUUACCUUCAUUUACUGCUUUUAGUUUGGGAAAUGACAACGCUUUUAGGUUUGGUUUAAGCUUUGAAAUCUCCCUCGUUGCAAUAGGACUAGCAAGUCAGGGGCUGGAGGACUUCGACGAAAUAAAAAACCACGGAACAGCAUACUUGGCAAUCCUGCUCUAUUUGCUUCAUGCAGUUUCUUUUUUUUUUUUUUUUCUCCCCACUUCUUGAUUUUAUGUAUAUUUGUGUAAUUUGUCUUUCUAGAGCUGUAUCUUCAAAAUUAUUUCUUUUGGUGUAAAUACGCAGUAGCAUUUUAGGUUUCCACACAUUUUAUUUUGAUGGGAAAUGCUUUGUGUUCUAAGCCAUGGGUUGUUCAGAACAAGUCAACAAAUGUUUCUUCAUUUGUAUUCCGGUUCUGACUCUCUUAGUUUUCCUUCGAUAUUUAUUAGUAAUCCUCUUGCUGGCCACAAAAUUUCAUGAAGCUUGCGUUGGGAACACUCAGGUGGGAGGCUGGCGACGCCUUCAUGCCAUUUUGUGGCCAGAAGCGUACGGCGGAGGGGAGGAAAAUGGUGCUUCAGCAAAACUCAGCAUUUCUGCUCUUCUGGGGUUAUGAAUUCAGUUGUUUCCCGCCUGGGCAAUGGUUUUGCUAAUUUUUCCAUGAUUUUAAUAGAUAUAUGAAGGAGCCCUUGGUUACGUAGUUCUCAAGUAUUGUCCCCAAAGUGCAUUUGCUAGUUUUUAUUGUGUGUUCGGUGGCUAACUGUUUGAAGUAUUACCUCUUAACCUUAUUUGUCAAUUUUUUUUUGUGUUUUUGCAUUUUGUUUUAUAUAUAUAAAUAUAUAUAUAUUCAAUUUUCCAAGAUGGACUCGGUCUUUUUCAGAUGUCCCCUUUUUACAAGUACUUUUUCAUUAAAUUAUGAAACUGCUAACAGUA